CGUCCGACAGUAAAACAUUUUUGAAUGAAUCAAAGCAUGAAAACAGAUUGAAACAUGACGUGUUAGCAGGCUAACGUGCUAAGAGGCUAACGUAGUCAUUAGAUAAGAAGGUAACUUAAUGAGCUAAACGGCUAACAUGCAAAUAUCCCUAACGUUACAGGCUAACAGUUAGCAGACAGUUAGACACAGUCCGGGUCCAGCAGAGGACUACGACAGCUCCGACCCGGUCUGACGCGGUCCCAGUCGGUCACGGCAGGAUGCAGGCGGAGUUUCGGGCUCCCCGGAGACGCACCCGGGUGCAGGAGGAGUACGAGGCUCCGCUGCCGGUGAGCCGAAGCCCGGAGGAGAGGAGCGACUUCAGGGCGCAGCUCACCAACCAACACGUGCUGGUCUGUCAUCCGGACCACAUCCAGAAGAUCCACAACCAGGGUUAUUUUGGUAAAGGCAUCCUGUCCAGAGCCAGACCAGAUCACAGCAUCUCUGACCAAUGGGAGCAGCACGAAGGUUUGUUUCUACCUGUCAUCUCACAGUCCAGAUAUGACGAGCUGCUCAGGUGGGCCGGGUCAGCUCUCUCUGCUCAGGGAUUGGAUGAAGAGGCUGUCAACCAAUCCCUGCUCAGACUGUCUCAGCCAGUAGAGAUGAAGAAUGUGAGGACGGAGGUGGGAGGGGAGGAAGACAGACCGAGGGUGGAGCAGCCAGGACCAGAGGGCGGAGUCUGUUCCCACACAGAGAGGCUGGGGUCAGAGGUCGAACCAGAGGCCAAGAGAAUCUGCAGGUUGGACCUGAACCCUGACUCCGUCUCUGAUCCCAGCUCAAACCAGGACUCUGACUCCAACCCUGAUUCCGUCUCUGAUUAUGACCCUGGUCCAGAUGGUGAUUCUGUGGCUCCAGGUCCUGGUUUUGUCCUGGUGGUCCCUGACAGUGACGUGUGUGGGGGGGUCAGGCAGGUGCGGCGGAUUCCGGUCUCUCUCACUGAGUACCUGCAACUCAGCCUGGAGGAGGCCUUCUUCCUGGUCUACAGUGUUGGCUGCCUGUCUGUCUACCUGCACCAGGAGCCCCUGUCAAUCAUCCAGCUGUGGAGGACGUUCCGGUCUCUGCAGCCCAACUUCGUCAGCUUGUUUGCAGCCUAUCAGCAUUUUCGUAGCAGGGGGUGGGUUCCAAAGGUGGGGGGCGGAGCCAAGUACGGCGUCGACUUCAUGUUGUACAGGAAAGGACCACCUUUCUACCACGCCAGUUAUUCAGUGGUCAUUGAGCGGGUUGAUGAUGCAUUCAGGGGCUCUGCGUUGCGUCCGUUUUCAUGGCGUUCUCUGGCAGCUCUUAGCAGGAUUACCUCCAACGUCUCCAAGGAGCUGAUGUUGUGUUACAUCAUCUAUCCGGCCGACCUAUCAGAGGCUGACCUGGACUCACCUGUCUGUCUGAGCAGACUGAAGGUUCAGGUCACUCAUCUCUUCAGUGAACAGCUGAAACCAUCAGAUCUGUGAGGAGGAGGAUGAGGAGACUGUAACCUUCCUCACACAAACACAUGAACUUCAUGUUUCCAUCGUUUCACCUUUGAUAACAGCUCUUGGAAUGACAUCAUCUGGUUGUGUCUCUUCUUCUGUGGUGGUUUAAUGGCAGAGACAGGAGCACUGCCUCCAUCAGCAGCUACAUCGAGCUUAAUUUAAAUAAUGUGGAGUUUGUCAAGCAGGUGGAGGAGGAGAGAGGCUGUUCUAAAAUGUACAUGUCACAGAAGAACAGAAGCAUGACCCUCAGGCCUGAUAAUGAAGAUAAUUCUCAUUAUUGAUUAACCUGCUCAUUAUUUACUCAGUUCACUUUAAAACAUCAGUGAAAAAUGUCCAAAUAUUCAAAUAUCUGAUUUGAACAUGAUCUGACACACUGGAGAAACUGACAGCAGAGAACAAAAGCAGCUUUUCAUCAAUAAAUGACUGAAAUGCUGAUUAUCAGAAUCAUUUCUGAUUAAUUUCCUGUCCGUCGACUGAUCACUUCAGGUUUUAAUAAACUUUUGGAAACUGAUCAAAUCAUUGAAUGAAACAGUUCUGAUAAAUGUCUUGUGGAAAUAUGCUGAGUUAAUAAAGUCUAAUCAAACAACAGCAAACAGAGUGCAGAUGUUUUCUCUCAACAGGAAGUGAUCGUCAGCAGGUGGGUUUCCUCCAGAGAACGAGCCGAGCAGGACGACAUCUGAUUGGCUGACGGGAGACUUCAGAAUCCAGUGCUGUCACAAAGACACUGAUGACAUUAGUCGAGCGUCACCAAAGAGUCGGACACAUGAAGACAACAUGCGUGUCAUGUCAACUGAAUGUGUGCUGGAGGUUUCAGACCCAAACAUUUUAGAUGAAUUAGUCCUUCAGAUGUUAAGACUGACACGAGACAAUGAUUAUUCAGCCGAGAGGAAACAUUUCUAUUUGAUUUCUAUUUUCUGAGCAGGAAUCUUGAGUUGAAAUAACUUUGAAGAUUCAGUGGACUGUGAACAGAAGCAGUGACAUCCACCCUGACUGAGCAGGCGGAGAAAAGAACGUCAUCUACACCUGCUCAUCAUGCCUUCUGAUUGAACUGGUUUGUCUGGACAGGUUUUGGAGAGUAAAAACCUUCUUAGAUCUGGACUGAAGCGACAUGACCUGUUGCCAAUCAUUUGAAUAUUGAUUAUUAAAGAGGUCCAAACUUCAGUGUACCAACAUAUGACAAAAUAAAGUUGUU